UUGGCGACUUCAAGACACGCCCAUAGCGGAAGUGCGACAACUGGGUUACCUAUCAUUUUUAUUUUGGCCAAAUCUGACACACUUCUUUGCAUAUUUUUAAGGAAAACCUUCUGACAAGCUCAGCAUACUUUAAAUAUCAGAAACGGACAAAAGUGCGUUACAUGAAGAUUCCACGAAUUUCAUUGCAAGAGCUCAGUUUUAUGUAGAUGGCUGAUUUUUGCAAGCAAGCUGACUAAGCUUUUACUUGAGCCGUUAGCCUGCUAGUCAAAUGAUCAGCUGCUAAUGCAACAUAAUGGAUGAAACGGAAAUCAUUCUCCUUGAUUAAAACCAUGCCUGUGCAUGAUUGUUUUCCGUGAACGUGGACAGAUUAAGUGAAUCGACUGUCAAGAUAAUCAGGCUAGUGCAAGCAUUGCCAGCUAGCUUGUCAAGUGGUGCAAUAGCUAAUCCAGUGCAGGGAGUUUGCAGAUUUAUUUCACUGUCUUGUUUCUUAAAUUACCACAACUCGUUUCUACUAAUUUAUAUUUUGCUCUAACUCGUAGUCUUUGGUUUUUAGAAUUGCUAUGUAUCUUAUACCUGACCUCUCUACUCUAGCUGGCACCACCAAUCCCUACCAUCAUGCCAGCUCUUCUGGAGAGGCCCAAAUUGUCCAAUGCCAUGGCACGUGCCUUACACAAGCACAUUAUGAGAGAAAGGGAGCGGAAGAGGCAAGAGGAGGAAGAGGUUGACAAAAUGAUGGAGCAGAAACUGAAAGAAGAAGAAGAGAGGAAGAGGAAAAAAGAGAUGGAGGAGAGGAUGUCGUUAGAGGAGACUAAAGAGCAAAUAAUGAAGAUGGGAGAUAAGCUGCAGUGUCUUCAAGAGGAGAAGCACCAGCUUUUCCUGCAGCUGAAGAAAGUCCUGCACGAAGAGGAGAAAAGACGACGCAAAGAACAGAGUGACAUGACCACUCUGACUUCAGCAACAUACCAGCAAAACAUGGCCAUCCACACGGGACAGCACCUUCUUAGCAUGCAAGCAGGUCAGGUGAGUCAUGGGCGUCCAGGAGCUCUUCUUGGGGAACGCAGUAAACAGCUCUUCCAGUCUCCAGUCAUGCCUACACGUCAUUACCAGUCUCAGCCUGGAUUUAGUGGAGGUGGAACAGAGCAUGGCCAAUACUCUGGAGCCCAGCCCAGUCACAGCCCUUAUGGAGUAACCCAGCCACAGCAUACAUCACCUUUCACCUCUAGUCAGCCGGUGCCAGCCAACUAUGCCAGUGGUUCACAACUCAGAGGUGCAUCAGCAUUCCAGGCCAUGCAGUACCUGCCGCAUCAGCAGCAGGGCUAUACAUACAACAGUCAUUUCACCUCUCAGCCAGGUUAUAUCCCGAGUGCUGGGAUUCCCUUGCAGAAACAGUUGGAACAUGCCAACCAGCAGUCCGGAUUCACAGACUCUAGUCCACUGAGGCCCAUGCAUGUCAGUGCUGCAGGUUUGCUGCCCACCCCCUCCAUUGCUGUCCAGAUCCCUCCUGGCAAGUCUGGCUUACCAUACGCACACCCACCAAGAUCCGCUUCCCCAGGCGCAUUCACGCAUGGAACGGCCACACAACAAGCACAUGCAGCUACGUUUCAGAGCUCUUCUCAACCAUCCCCUCGCCAUACCUACCUUUCUCACAGCCAAUCAGGGCAGAGGUUUUAUCACCAUGGUAAAUAGCUAUCCAGUUCAGUUUAACCAAAUGCAAGAUGUUAGGGAUGGAGGAAAAGUUUCAUCACAUGCACAUUGGGGGGAAGCUCACAGUCACACAGCACACAAAGCUUGGUAUCAUAGUGUAUUACUGUCUCAAGCAAGUUGUUUUCUCUGUUGUCCUUCAACUACAAGACCUCCCUUUGCAACUGGGUAUGAAAUGUACUUAAAUAUUACAGUGGGAUGUGUCUUAAUGUUUCUUUUUUAUCCAUUUUAAAAACAUUAAUAACAGCUGUGCCAACCAUCACAAUAGCAACAGUACAUGACAAAACUAGAGUUAAAUAUGUUUGUUUAAAACAACUAAACUAAACAAGAUUCUGUUUCUAAGUUCUGUAACAGGCCUCCCACUCAGGACUGCCUAUAACUUGCAUUAAAGUUGAUGAAUGCACCUUUUUCCCUAAUUCAAGAAGGCAAGAUGCCACAGGGACAUAAUAUUUUCAUAUGAUUUUAAAUUGUAAAUGUAACCUUUUAGCUAACCAAUUGAAUUUCCAAAAAUUGCACUUAAAACAUUAAUUUUAUUAUUAAUCUGUUAAACAGAGCUUGUUAACAAUAUUGAUGUUAAUAAAUAGUUGUAUAGAAAAAAAUAA